AUGAAUAGCGAUUCUGGAUAUUGGGAUGAUUUGAAAAAUGACAACUUUGGUGAGACUCUUGACGAGAGAUUCUUGUAUAUCUUGUGUAACGAUUACGAAAGAUACGAGGAUAUGGUCGUAUCUAACAAAUUAAAUAAAGAAGUUAACGCCGAGUUUUACCAAGAACGCUUGGACGCAUUGUUAGAAUCUAAGAAGAUCCAAUUGGAUAAAUUGAUUCAAAUUCACGCCAAAGAAAUCGUUGAACAUCGAAAAAUAUUUUAUCAAAGUGUAGAUUUAAGAUAUGUGAAAAGAAAAUAUUCAACAACUGAUACUUUAUCUAGCAUAAUAUUUCAUCCUGAAGUUGAAAAGAUUUUGAUAAAUGGAAGAGACUCGAAUCCUUCUCAACAUGGUAUUGCCGAUCAAGGAAAUGGAAAAAUUGGAACUAUGGAAGAUGUUGCAGAUGCCAUUAAAAGAAAACUUACUAUUAAAGAUGAUGAACCUAUAAUUGGACGAGAUGAAUUAUACCUACAAUAUUACGCCGAGCUUGACCAAAUAAAGGAACGUCAAGAAAAGGAACUUCAAGAUUACUUGGCAUUUUAUAAGAGAGAACAAGAGUAUUUUGAAAGAUGUAUGAUCAAGGUUAAGAAACAUGAUGAAAUUGCCUUUUCCGCUGUUUCAUCUAGUAAUGAUGAUUCAAGCAACAACAAUCUCGGAAUAAUGAAAUUUCGGGCGGAAUAUAACUCAAGACCAAUUGUGCAGGAUGACAAAAGAAAUCCACAUAAAAAGUCAAAGGUCACUUUUGUCACUUUGGAUUCAGAUCCAACUAUUGUUAAAGUUGAAACCGCUUCUUUGGAACUAAAUUUAGGGUAA